AUUUUCAGUUAACACUAUAAUUUUUUAUUUCUGUCCCUUUCUCUUUUUCUGAAAGGUAUGAAGUUAAAUUUCAAAAUGGUAUUGAAUGUGGAGGGGCAUAUGUGAAGUUGUUGUCUAAAGAUAAUUUAGACCUUGUUCAUUUUCAUGAUAAAACAUCUUACACAAUUAUGUUUGGUCCAGACAAAUGUGGUUUGGAUUAUAAGCUUCAUUUCAUUUUUAGACACAAAAAUCCUAAAACUGGAGAUAUUACAGAAAAGCAUGCCAAAAAACCUACAGGAAGCAUUGAAAGUUACUUUACAGAUAAAAAGACACAUUUAUAUCAACUUAUUGUGAAUCCUGAUAACACUUUCAAAAUCUCUGUUGAUGGAACAGUUGUUAAUGAAGGAAAUUUGUUAGAAGACAUGACACCUCCAGUUAAUCCAGCUAAAGAAAUUGAAGAUAAUAAAGAUCAGAAACCUGCUGACUGGGAUGAUAGAGAGAAAAUAGCUGAUCCUGAUGCAGUGAAACCUGAUGAUUGGGAUGAAGAACAACCAGAAAAAAUUAUUGAUGAGGAUGCUGUGAAGCCUUCUGGUUGGCUUGAUGAUGAACCAGAAGAUAUUCCAGACCCUGAUGCUGAAAAACCAGCUGACUGGGAUGAUGAUAUGGAUGGAGAAUGGGAGGCUCCCUUGAUCUCUAACCCAAAAUGUGCAGAUGCACCUGGUUGUGGUGAAUGGAAACCAGGUAUGAUUGAUAAUCCUAAAUACAAGGGCAAAUGGAGACCUCCAAUGAUUGACAACCCAAAUUACCAGGGUAUAUGGAAACCAAGAAUGAUUCCUAAUCCUGAUUAUUUUGAAGACUUGAAUCCUUAUCAAAUGAUACCAAUUGGUGCUGUUGGAUUAGAGUUAUGGUCUAUGACUGAAUCUAUCAUGUUUGAUAACAUUCUUAUAACAGACAACCUUGCAACAACUACGAAAUGGACUGAAGAUACGUUUGCACUAAAACAAGCUCAGGAAAAAUCUUCCAUUUCUGGUAAAAGUGUAGUGCAAGCUGUUCUUGAUGUGACUAAUGAACGGCCUUGGCUAUGGGCCGUAUUCAUUGUUGUUGUUUUGCUUCCUAUUGUACUUGUUAUUGCCUAUUGCUGUGUAGGCAGCUCAGCAAAGGAUGAAACUGCAGAGAGGAAGAAAACCGAUGCACCAUCACCUGAUGACAAAAUUAGUGAUGAUUCUGGCAAGGUGAAAGGUGAUUCUGAGGAGAUGAAAGAUGAUUCUGACAAGAAGAAAGACAAUUCUGAUAAACUUGCAGAUGAAGGUGGUCAAGAAGAAGAAGAAGAAGAAGAAGAAGGUGAUAAUGCUUCAGGUUCUGAAGAAAAAGUGGAGCCGGUUGAUGGUAGACCUAAAAAACCUUUGAAGGGGGAUCUUGAAGUUGAAAAAAAAACAGAUGCUGCUGAAAGUGCAGAUGAUGAUGAAACACCCAGAAGACGGCGUUCAAGAAAAGAUUAACAUGUAGCAAAAGUAUUUUCAUUUCCAUCCAGCCAUCAACUUAAAUGGAACUGAAAUGGUACUUCAAAAAUUGUAGCCACUUUCAGUUAAAAGAGCAAUUCAUUCGUGGUGUGAGUUAAAAUAAAAUUGAUUGUAUGUGUGCAUGUAUGUGUGUGUGUGUGUGUGCGUGUGUGUGUGUGUGUGUGUAUAUAUAUAAAAUUCAACAAGAACAAGUCUUUUUCUAGAUGGUCAACCCAAUAUUUCAAGUAUAUAAAAACAAAAAAAAAUUAAAUUACAAAUUACAGUUAAUCAACAGAUUAUUGUAUGGGAAAACCAGGAUGGGUUUUCUGUUGAAGCCUUCUGUUAGGCAGGUUUGGCGGGAUUUCGUCAUAAUAGCAAAAAUUCUAAGUUCUUUACUAUUUCUACUAGCCAUUUAAUUUAAAACAUAUAUACCAAUGGCUUAUAUUACAUACAUACAUGCGCAUAUACACACACAUACAAAUACAUAUAUACAUACAAAGACACCCACACAUAUAUGAACACACACAUGUGUGAAUCUUUUUCACAAACUUAUGAGUUUAUUUUGAAAAAAAAUGUGUUUAUUAUUUAGAAAAAAUGGAAGGAGGCUCAUUGUAUUAAUUUUUUUUUUUUUUUACUUAGAACUAGUGAAAUAAAACUUACUUUCAUUGUUUUAGAUACAAGCCAAAACUAUUAAGGCUGUCUAGAUUUCAAUCCUGGCUGAACUGCAACAUUUUUCUGUAUUUUCAUGUUUUAUUUUUAUUAAUUUUCCUUUUCUAUUUUAAUAAUGGGUGUGUGUUAAAUAAAAAUUGAGAGAGAGAGAAGACACUUGUAGACACAUUAACAUGUAUAAAUACUCCAUUAACCAUAAAA